AUGUUCCCCACCGCCUCCCUCCUCGGCAAGCGCCUCCAGCUCGGCUGCUACGUCAACGUGCGCACGCUGCGCGACCACGCAAAGCGCGAAGCCUUUGCGGCUGCGGAGCAGACGCGGCAGGCACUCAAAUACAUCUCGCAAAACACGCUCCUGCCGCUGAGGCAGCGCACAAAGGCCAUGAUCGAGCUGGCGCAGAUGGACACAAACACGCGGCCGAUGAAGAUCAAGAAUCGGUGCAUCAUGGGCGGGAAGGGGAGGGGUGUGAUGAGGGAUUUUAGGGUGUCGAGGUUUCAAUUCCGUCUUAAUGCGCGCGAGGGGAACAUUCCGGGGGUGAAGAAGGCUGUUUGGUAG